AUGUUUACAAUCAGUCAAUGUUUUUGUUGUAUUGAAGUGGCGUUUGUUUGGUUGUCUGCACUGACAUCACAAUAAUCACCACAAAAAUUACUGCACUUUAAUAUUAAUACAUCAUUUACCCGACAGUUGGUCACCGAUGGCAUCAAUCGAGAAAUUAGUGAAGGCUUUCGAGGCCCUCAAAGUGAUCCAAACGGUGGCCGACAAACCCGAAGAGGCACUCGUGUCCACCCGAUUCAUCAAAAGGGAGACAUCUUUGACCAAAAAAGACAAAGCAUUUCAUUGCAAUACAAUCGCUGAUAUUAUCUGUUGUCCAUCACUGAGAAAUAUUGAAGAUUUCCAUAAAUUUCUUGGUAUAGCUAUCGAAACAUUUCUGGUCUGUUGUGAUGAUCCCGAUUCAGACGUCCGCAUGACUUCUAACGAAUGUCUGAACCGUACGAUUAAGAAUUUAAUGGACUCACAGUUAGGCCGAAUUCAGGUGGAGUUAUACAAAGAAAUCAAGAAAAAUGGAUCCACUCGUAGUCUAAGAGUUGCAUUAAGUCGUUUCGCCGAUUUGUCUCAUUUGACGCGAUCAGCAAAGUGUCGACCGUAUGUACAAAAUCUGUUCCCGUCUUUGAUUAAGAUCAGCGAACGAACCGAUGAGGAUCUCAUCCAAGACACACUGCAAAUGGCAAUCAUUAAGAUUAUGCCAACUCUGGCACCGUUUGCCACCGACAAUGAAAUAAUUUGUUUGUUGAACGCCUUUCUUCCAAAUCUACAAUAUGUCACACCAUCUGUGAGACGUACAGCUGCUUCUUCGUUGGUCGUUAUCUGUCAAUACUCACGAAAACCGCAGAUAUUUUUUUCUUGGCUUUUGACACAUUUAUUGAAGUCAUUAAAUCAGAUGAAUGUUAUAUCCGAGACCACUGAUGACAGUUCUAUGGAUACGCAAACCAAUGAACGACUAUUAGUUGGAAUAUUUGUUUGUCUCAAAUAUAUGAUUCCGCAUUUAUAUGAUAUGCCAUCACAUGUAGAGUAUGAAAGUCUAAAGACAUUUGGUGUCAGUCAAAAACAACGGGAACUAAUGGCUAAAGACUAUGACACCAUCACUGAGAACUUGUUGCAAAUGUUUGAGCUGAUCUUACAUAAUAUCAGAUAUAACAAUAAUAAUAGUGUAAUUGUGUCGGCUCUGGAAGCACUUCUUCAACUUAUGAAAACUCCACCAAAAAUGAUUCUUCCUUAUCUUUAUGAUUCAAAAGGCAUUGAUAAGUCACGGAUCGGCUCUUAUAUUCAUUCAUCUCCGGCAUCGCCUAUGUUAUCAUUGCAUAGAUUUAAAAGUCGUUUACAAAGUCAUAAUUCUCUGAGCUGUUCAUCGAUUAAUGUCAACUCUUUAGAUGACGACGAGAUGAUUAACAUUUGUGGCAUUACCUCUCUCGACGACAAAUUGGUUCAGAGUUUAGAGAAUAUUCCACAAAAUGCUGUCACUUCACAACAACAACAAAUAACUCGAUCUAUGGAUAAUUUAAGUAUUAGUGAUACUAUUGGAUUAACUGAAAGUGACAAUAAUGAGCCAAAUUUAAAUGUGGUAAAUGAGACAAAUGUUGGAGUGGAUUAUGAUUUAAAUACAUUGAAACAAAAUAGACAUUCAUCGAUGAGCUUUCAAAUGACAAAAUUGACUUAUUUUGAUAGCGAAGAUAUUAAUGAUGUUCCCAUUUCUCCUUCCAAUACUGACGGAUCAUUUGAUGCCAUCGAUGACCGUUUAAAUUAUGGUGAUAUUGGAGAUUUUACCAGUGAAAACAUAAAUUGUUUAGAGUAUAGCAUUAGACUUAUUUGUAGUCAAUUUUUAUUGACCGGAACUACUGGUCGAUUAGUGUCCGAUAAAAAAGUAAGAGUUAGUGUCAAGUCAUUGGCUUUGGCCAAUGUUUCAGCCAUUGUUAGACUUCAACCAAAGAUAUUACUGAUUGAGAUGUUUAUUGAAAGAGUGGAAUCACCAAAUAAAAUAGCGGAUUCAUCACAAAAAAUUUGGGAUAUUUUUCAAUACUCUACACAUACUGAUCCACAAAUAAGAGGACAAAUUGCUAUAAUUAUUGGACAUUUUAUUAACGGAGUAUUAAACGAAUCAAACAGUUUUAAUGAUUACUUACUUCAAAACUGUACGGUGUCUUCAUUUUCUGAAUUUCCAACUUUAGAGGAUUUACUUUCAAAAUUAUCAUCUCUAAUAUUAGAUGAUAAUGACUCGUCUAUUGCUGUUAAACAUGGCUUAACGGGUCUUAAGAAUUGUAUAAAUAAUUGUUUGGAAUCUAACGAUAAUAUUAAUUUAUGUGCCUAUUUAUUAUUGGACCAAUUGAUCCCUGUUAAAGACAAUCCCUAUUGGCUGAUAAAAGCAGAAUUGGUAGACUUGUUUGCUCACAUUGACUACAAAAUAAUACAUUUCAUAGAAUUAUCAAAAUCUCAAUUCAAGAACGGAAUUGUUGUUAAACGGAAAAGUCUUCAAAAUAGGAUAUUAAAUGAUGUGAUACUCAGUUUGUUAGCCGAUGAAGACUUUCGUGUAAGAGAGGCGUCUGCUAAUGCCCUUUGCAAUUUAAUACCAGUGCUUUUUGCUCCAUGUGUUUACUCUGAUAACGAUCCGAUUACAGCAAUAGCAUUGGAACACACAAACAAAAACUUAUCUCAAAAUGAAAAUCUAUUUAAAGAUUACGACUCAAUGGUUCCGCCAAUUAAGGCAUUUAUUGAUCCUUUAAACACUGAAUAUUUGAAAAUUUAUCCAAACAAUCGACUAAUUGAAUCUAAUCUUUUAGAUGUUGUUAAAAAAUUAUUGAACAAAUUGUUAUUUAAUUUAGAUGAAAGAUAUGCAUUGAUAGGAUGUUGUAAUGCUUUAACUUUACUCUCUGAUAAAUAUCCGGUUACCGAUUAUCCCGAGUGUUGGGGAACUGACUUAACUGAAUCAUCAGUCGGAAUACAAUUAUUAGAUAUUUGCAUAACUUUAUUGUUGACAAAUCCAUUGAUUAUGUUAGACUUGAACGCUCAUCAAAGUAUCAUAUCAUUUACCGGUAAUAUUAUUGAAGGUUUGGCAUACAAUGCUAUCAAAUCAAAUAUCAAAGUUAACAACAGUUCCACAUGUGAACUGGAUUGGGGUCUUAUAAGUCAUGUGUCACCACAUUUGGCUCAACAGUCGGAAACAUUUUUUGUUCAUUUAUUAAGAAUUUUAAAUAUCUAUUCCCUUGUUAUUGAUGAACCCAUUACCACAACUAAUAUAAUGAGUUCAUUAACUAAUUAUAACAAAGUACCAGUCAUUCAGAGCCUCUCGAAUUCACCAUUGAGUCCAAUGAGGAAAAAAUCUUCGAUAAAGUCAUCGGAUUUAAGCGACAAAAUUGAUUUAAUGAAGAAAAGUGAUUCAGAAAAGUCAGAUAAAGAUAGGUUACUAAAGUUUGGCUCAAAUCCACUCUAUAGUCGUUUUAAUGAUUUAAUUAGAGCUUCUUAUAUGAGUAACAAAACAUCAAUGGACUUAAGCAGUGAUAAAAUGUCAGGACUUCUUAAUAUUGUUCUCAAUGUUUUGGGUCGUCUCUUGGAAAUGACAACAAUUAAGUUUAUCAGCAAAUAUGUUGAAGAAGUUCUUCAUUAUCUUAAGAUUGUAUUCACACUCGAACACAGUCUUACAGUCAAAACAGUGCGACAACUGUUAAAGUGUAUAUUUGGCACUAAUUUUGUUAUAAUGUUUACUAACACUAAUGCCGAUAAUAGUCAUGUGAUAAAUAAAUGUGAUAAAGAAGUGCCAAACGAUGACAACUCUACUCCACAAAGAAUGCCAUUCAGUAACGGAAUUCCAAACUAUUCUGAAGUCGACGGACUUUACAACACAUGUCUGUCCUCUCCAUACACUAAAUUCACUAAAUUUUAUGCCACGAUGUCAGCCAAAGUAUUGUCGAAUUUUGGUUCAUCAGAUGAAACAGACUUUUCAUUUGGUUGUUGGCUAAGAAAGAAAGUGGAAAAAAGAGUUAGUCUUAUAUUAGAUAAGAAUAUAUCAAAUUCUGGUCUCAACUCAAAGACAUCACUUACAUCACAUAUAAGACUUUUUGAACCGGUUGUCAUCAAAGCACUAAAACAAUACACAAUUACCAGUGAUAUUGAGCUUCAAUGCGAAGUUCUGGAUCUAUUGUCACAAUUAGUUCAAUUGAGAGUCAAUUAUUGUCUUCUCGAUUCUGAACAGAUAUUUAUUGGUUUUGUGUUAAAACAGUUUGAGUUUAUAGAAAGCGUUCAUUUGGAUCAAUACGACAAACUUAUUGGUCAUAUAUUUUACUUUUUAAUUCUUCUUUCAUAUGAAAAAUAUCAUUCAAAGCCUAUAAUAGGUAUUCCAAAGAUAAUACAACUUUGUGACGGAAUUCUUGCGAGUGGACAAUAUCCGCAAAAGUUUGCAUUGCCAUCGCUAGAGCCCAUUGUCGUGGAUCUAAUACUUUUACGAAAUGCUAGCAAAGUCGAGUCAGCUAAAGAACUUGAAGCUCAACGUGAAGUAAUUGUUGCUAAUUGUCUUAAAUUAGUACAAUUUUCAGAUAUUCUACAGAUUCUUAUAAUAAUAAUAAAACAGAGCAAAAAAGAUGGCGAAGAAAAAUGGAAGAAAAUUUCCCGACAAAUAAUUGACACUUUACUGCCACAACUGGUCAAACAAUCCAUUCAUAUUGAUUCAUAUAAAUCAUUAGAUUUGUUGCACAAAUUAUUUGAAUGCGUUUCUCCUAAUGUUUUCAGACCUCUUGAUAUACUUUUAAAAGCAUUGUUUGCUGCACCACAACCUGAUAUUAUAGAUAAUUACUAUUACUUUCAUCGAUGGACUUCAUUAAUAUUAGUGAUAUUACGCUUAAUUAUAGUACAAGCAAAAGAAGAUGUGGUAUUAGCCCGACUCGAAGAUAUGAAAAGCUCUAUUGUUUCGAUCGGACCGUUUGGCUUACCUGUGAUCCCCACAUCAUCUUUGGCUAAUUCCAUACCGUUCCACAUGUCAUCAGUUAAUAUCAAUCGUAGUGAUACCCAAACAUUAGAAGCCGAAGACAUGUUUGCCGAAUAUUUACUUGAAAUCAUUGAGUUGUGCAGUCAUGAGAUCACAAUCCGUAUGAAUACUAUAUAUAGUGAUAUACAAAGACAUUGUGACUUUUUGAUCCAACAAAUGGCUAACUAUAUGUUAAUAUUGACGCAUAUGUUUCAAUCGGGUUCAUUCAGACGUGUAGCCAAAGCUGCCAUGAAUUUGAUCAAAAAGUGUCAGUUUAGUGAUUGUGUUGAUACAGACGAUACAAAUAGUUAUUUGAAUGGUUUUUCACUUUACAAAACAAAUUCAUCGUUUUUAACAUUAAUGUCUUCUCAUCCAACACUUUCUCUACAAUGGUUUAACCUAUUAAUGCUUCUUAAUUAUGAAGAUAAUAAUGAAGACGGACUGUGGAAUCAAUUGAUUCGACCCAAUCAUAACAGUCUUAAUAUUUCAAACUCUAAACUACAAGCUAUUGGUAAACGUAGAGGAAGUGUCAAUAAAAUGAAAAAUAUGUUUGUCUUUUCCCCGAGUGUUGAAAUAAUACGAAGAGGUUCUUUGAUUCUGUUUUGUGACUUUGUCUGUGAAAAUAUGAACGAUGCGGAGCAUAUGACAUGGCUUAUCGUACAGAAUAUCAAUGAGAUAAUCAAGUUGUGCCACGAAUUACCAGUCAGUGAAUUCAUUUGUGCCAUUCAUCGCAACUCAGCCUCGAGUGGUCUCUUUAUUCAAGCCAUUAAUGCCAGAUGUGACGAAAACCUCAGAAUUGGUAGUUUUUGUAGACGACUAUUGCAUUGUUUAGGUAGAGUUCAUCCGACACAGUCUUUAUCAUUAAUAACAUAUCUCAUCGAGAAAUUAAUCUCAAAUCCCGGUCUUAAUUUUAAUUGUCUGCUUAUGAGUGAAGCCGAAACACUUGUCAUCAAACGAUUGAAAUCAAUGUCUUCAUCACUGGAAUCAUAUUCUAAUCAAAGUAGUAAUCAAUUGACAGCUCAAGAUUUGGAUAAAUUAGUUCAUUCACUUAAUACCAAACAACAUUCACAACUGAUUUCAAUAUUGAAUUCAUUCAGAAAAGACAUCAGCGAUACUAAUUCGGUGCAAACAACACAUCCAUUGUUUGAUAAUAUGAAUGCUUCAGAAAUACCCGAAAUCAAUAAGGAAUGGUUUCUAACUGUUUUAAUGAGAUAUUGUCAAAGAUAUAGCAAAGGUCACAAAACAGCACAUCUUAUAAAUAAACUUUCGUACGACGAUAUCGUCUCAAUCAUGUCAUCAAAAGAUUUUGCAUUAGAAAUAUUAGGAGAAUGUAUUGAAUUUGGCGACCAAUUCAUCGAAGAGGAUGACAAGUCUAACACUAAGAUUAUGUUCUCUGCGGUUAUGAAUCGUAUCAAUCUUUUAAAGGCAUCCCUAAACUCAGUGUUACAACACAGCAGUUAUUUCAUUAAUAUACUACCGGCCCCUCACUAUCCAUUUCUACCUCAUUUAGAGAUGAGUACACCGAAAGAGGCCCGACAUCGGGAUAAACUCAUUGAGUUUUUUGGUCAGUCAGAUAUUUGGAGUUAUUUGUUUAGAUUGUCCAAUGGGUUCUUAGCAUUUAUGGAUCACCAUUCGGAGCGCAGUAUUGCCACAGAUUUGUUGGCAAAUAUCGCACGGAUUACCACUCUUUAUGCAGAAGCGCUUCAAUAUAUGACAGAAGCUAUCGAAUGCGUUUCAUUUACUUACAUAAUCGUUGUUUUGAAAAUCAUGAAAUCAGCUCUUAAUUGUAAUUCAAUAUUCACUUAUUUAUCGACAUCUAAAACUGUUAGCUACCAGUGCUCUAUUAUCUCAGCGUUACACUCAUUUACUCAACAUUUUUUCGGUGAACUACCAAAACUAGAGGGACCGAAAAGUUUUGGUAAAUCUGAAAAAGAAAAUCCCGAAUGGAAACAUCCGCACAGGACAUGCAUACGAAUGGCUCAAUUAGUUUGCUGUUUAGAGACACACCAAUACAAGUCGACAUCUGUUCCACAAUCAAUAUGCUCUCUAUUAAGAAAAGUCAUUUUUUUGACAGCACGACUACCUCUUGUAAAUGGCUUUGUUAUGGUUCCCAUUGCUGUUUGGAAUUUUGAUGGUGAAAGUACAUGGAAUCCCAAUUUUAGUGGUGAUUUCGGAACAAUUAUUCCAACGAUUCCAUCUGAAUAUUUGAAUUUCAGAGAUGUUUUGGAUCAGUUCUGUUUCCGAGUUAUGAAUUUAGGUUUGACGAGUCGGAUCCAGUUUGAAGAGAUAUGGAUGACAUUGUUGGGCGUUUUGAACACAAACAGCCAACUCGAUGAUCAUAGUGAAGACCAAUCAGAACGAACUAAUAUAUGUCUAUAUGUAACCAAAGCUAUAACUCAAUUACUAUUAUUGUCCACUUUGUCGCCACAACCGGGAAAUCCUAUCAAAAGUAAAUUUAUUAAACAAAAGAAUGAAAAGAUGUCGACAUUCUUGCAUUCAACUCAUGGAUCUAAACUACAAGCUGUUCGCGAAUCACUUCUCUCUGCUAUUAAUUCUUUGCUUACAAACAAUGACGAAAAUCAAUAUAAUUUUUAUGGUUUCGGACAAAUAUCUGUUCAGCUUUUAAGACAUUCAAUCAAAACGACGACAUUCAAUGAACUAUCGCCAUCACUAUCUUCAACAUCUUCAUCAUCAGAUUACAGUCCAUUAAGUCCUAUAAAUACUUCAAAUUUAAGCAAAAAUAUUGUAACAAAUCAAGAAAAACUUGAAAUUGAUUUAAAUUCUUGUUUACACUUUUUACUCGACCUUUUUGGUCAGUUAUUGACAGCACAACAGCCAAUGCAGUUACCAUUGCUAACAGAAAUCUGUAGAUCAACUAUCCUUUUAUCAGAUCUAUUCACUGAAAGAAUGCAAUUUGAAUGGCUUUUAUCUACAUUUUUGGAACUCCAUAGAAUGGCACAGAUAUCUGAAGAUGAAAUAAUGUGUCAAUAUUUAAUUGUAGGCAUUUGUAAGGCUAGUGCUGUUUUAGGUGUCGACACAGAAGCUAUUAUUGAUAAAUGCAAGAAAUCUAUUGAAAUCAGUUUAAAGAGUCAUUAUUUGCCCACAAGAAUAGCUACAAUUCAUGGACUCAAAUAUUUACUAGAAUUUCAAGGCAUCGGAUCCAAUAACAAAGAGACUCAAUAUCUAUCAAUUGCUUCGGAUUAUAUUCUUAAACAUCUAUCGGAUAAUACUUUGCCCAGUAGUUUUAAUGCAGAACAUGUGGAAAAUAUGUGGAAAUUAUCGUUUCAUUUGAUUGAGUAUUUUGUUGAAGAUUUUGCUGAAAAUGAAUUCGCACAAAAAAUAUUUCAACUUUCACUGAAAGUAAUAACAGAUAAAACCUCAAAAGUGUAUCCGAUUGUUGUCAAUGGAUUGGAUAAUCUUAUACUUAAUGAGAAAUUUUCAAUCAAAGAGUCCAAUUUGAUUAUUAAGUCGUCUCUGGAAAGAUUCAAAACAUCCAGCACUCAAUUGGACGCACUGUUAGCCUUACAGCUGACAAUGUCAGCCACAUAUUUCGUGGGUUCAGUUGGCUUGGAUUUGGACAAAACAAUGGAUGAUAGCGAGGAGUUCCUGUUGGCAAUGGAAAAGUUGUCCGUCAUUUUUGAACGACUGAAGACAUGUCACGCAUACGAAGCACAGCAGAUAUGCAAUGUUUUGCCGCACUUCUUGUGCGAAUUUUUUCCCACUCAAGACAUACUAAACAAAUGUAUCGGUGAAUUCCUCUCCGGUCAACAAACACAUGCAAAACAUUUAGCUAACAUUCUUUUUGUUGUAUUUAACAAAUUACAAAACGAUUCCCAUCUGAACAUUGUUCACGAUUGGGUCAUCCUUUCAUUGUCCAGUUUUACACAACUUAGUCCUCUAAACUCUGCCAUCUGGUCACUCAACAGUUUCCUUAUUUGUGCGUCAGUUAAUCCAUGGAUACGUUGCGCAUUUGCUUACAUUCAAACUCGUUAUGGACUUCUUGAAGAUAUUGACAGACAAUUGUUUUUCUUAGUCUGCUAUAACUUUUACAAUGAACUAAAAACAGAGCAAAAUAGAGAAGCUUUUCGUAAAACGUUUCAAAGUGUUGCUGAACUUCCCGACUCUCCCUACUCUCAAGUCUUAAGAUACUUACAAAUCUCCAGAAAUUAA